UGAUGCUUUCACUUUUGUCUUUGGAUAACGCGUCAUGAUUGCGAUAUUAUGCUUAGAGUUGUGAUAAAAAUAAAGAAAUGCAAGCCAAACUAUAUUAAGCAGUAAUUAUAGCACUUCGAACAAGACUUGAAUCAAAUGUGGGUCCAAAAUUGAUGUGUAUUUUUCGCGAAAAUAUUCGAGAUAUGUUAGUAAUCCAGCAUUCCUAGCAUUCUUAGGUAGGUUCUGGAAGCUGAAUGAGAUUUUUCACAACCUAUAUCACAAUUUAGACUGGAGGAACGAUAAGCCAUUCUAUUGUUGGACCAAAAGUAGGCUACACUUGAUCAUCAAAGGUCAAUAAAGUUUUUUCAUCCUGUCUAUCAUCAACUAGCAAAAUUUCUUCUCCGUGGACUCCAGUUACAGGCCCCGCCGAUACAAAGGCGGGGGCCCCAGACGGUAAAAAUCUCGAUGUUGGUGAUAUGAGUGAUGAUGAAAGAGACUUAGCAGCAGCUGAUGCUGAGGGGGUAUGGAGUCCAGAUAUUGAACAGAGCUUUCAAGAAGCUUUAGCAAUAUAUCCUCCUUGUGGCAGGAGGAAAAUUAUUCUUUCAGAUGAAGGAAAAAUGUAUGGAAGGAAUGAACUCAUUGCAAGAUACAUAAAACUGCGUACUGGAAAAACGAGAACACGAAAGCAGGUUAGUUCCCAUAUUCAAGUUUUGGCUCGAAGAAAAUUACGUGAAAUUCAAGCCAAACUCAAAGUGCAAUUCUGGCAGCCUGGCUUACAACCAGGGACAUCCCAAGAUGUCAAACCCUUUACACAAGCAGCUUAUCCAACAAAACCUGCAACUGCUGUGUCGUCUGGUGAAGUUGGAGCUCUUCAAGAGCCUCCACCUCCAGUUUGGGAAGGUCGUGCAAUAGCUACACAUAAAUUAAGACUUGUUGAAUUUUCUGCAUUCAUGGAGUCUCAAAAUCGUGAAGAAGCAUAUCAACGUCAUCUUUUUGUUCACAUAGGUGGACCUGCUCUAUCAUAUUCAGAUCCUUUAUUAGAAGCUGUUGAUGUUCGGCAAAUAUAUGAUAAAUUUCCAGAAAAGAAAGGUGGUUUAAAAGAAUUAUAUGAUAAAGGUCCUCAAAAUGCCUUCUUCCUUGUAAAAUUUUGGGCUGAUCUCAAUUCUAAUUUUCAAGAUGAGGCAGGUGCAUUUUAUGGUGUUACAAGUUCAUAUGAAAGUAAUGAAAAUAUGAUUAUUACGUGCUCUACAAAAGUUUGUUCUUUUGGAAAACAAGUUGUUGAAAAAGUUGAAACAGAAUAUGCUAGAUUUGAAAAUGGCCGUUUUGUAUACAGGAUUCAUAGGAGUCCAAUGUGUGAAUAUAUGAUAAAUUUCAUUCAUAAACUGAAACACUUGCCUGAGAAAUAUAUGAUGAACAGCGUCUUGGAAAAUUUCACAAUUUUACAAGUGGUGAGCAAUCGUGAUACUCAGGAGACUCUCCUAUGUACAGCUUAUGUAUUUGAAGUGUCUACAUCAGAACAUGGAGCCCAGCACCAUAUCUAUAGACUCAUUAAAGAUUGAGGGGCCAAAUCUCUGGGGCUCUUAAGAUCCCUACAUAAUCUGACAGAGUUGAAAAAUUUUAGUUUGUUAGUUGACUUGAAAAUCCUAACAUAAUUCGGUAGCUAAGUGGAUUGAAAAAUUUUUGUAUUUUACAAAAUCCCUUUUGGACUUACUUAGUGGAGUAUUUUCUACCUUUGAAAUAAAAGAUUGUGUGGGAUGCUCCUUUUGAUCAAAAAGAUGCUCCAUUCACUUCAGUGCCUACACUAAACUAGUAUUAUUAAUAAUGUAAACAUAAGUAUAGUUUUAAACAGAGGAUGGAAUUCCUUUUGUCUUCUCUCUUAAAGCUUUAUUGCCAAUUGAUAACCAGUGCAUGGGGUUUUCAUAAAAGAAAAGCGGACUGAAAUUCAUUUAUUGAACACAGAUAUCUGAGAGAUUUUCAGAAAUAGUGGAUAGGCAGCAGGUGUUUUAGUUUGAACAUGCUUUAUUGUUGACCAUAGGCUCAAAGUAUACUUGAAUGUUGACGAAAUUGCAACUAUAUUUUCAAAUUAUUGAAAAAAGGUAUUUUAAAUAGUGAUGUUAUUUAUAAAAUUAUAUUUUUACCUUGUGUGUAAUUUUUAUUAUAUACUUAAGAGAUCUUUAUUUUAUUUGUAUAUUUGAGUUUUAGUGAAUAAUUUUAAUUUUAUUUAUUUUUUGCCUGUAGAUUUUUUCUACAUUGCAGCUAACUAAAUCUAAGCUUAUAUGUAUACUAAUGAUACAAGUCAGUGAUUUUUUCGAUAAUUCUCAUCUUGAUAAUUCUAUGAUAAAAUGUACAGUAUUGAAAAAAAUUUUGUUUCUUUAAUCAUAACUCAUGACACUUUUCAUGAUUAAACUUCUUUUUUUCUCAAUUGGAAAUGCAUUGAAAUUAAAUGAGGGAUUUUUUCUGAUAGUACCACAUUUAAGUAAGAACUAGUUUUCAGUGGAAUUCUUUCAUUUAACUUUUGUAGAUUUAGAUGUCUACAUAUUAUCAUUUUAACCCAGUAGCUUGUAUCUUAUUAAUCCUGUUUUCAUAAGUACUUUUAUUUUUUUCAAGUGUUAGGAAGAAUCCCUUUUCAAUUUAGAUAUCAUAAGCAUAUGAAAUGCAUAAUAUGUUUUAUUGAGUUGUGUGAUCUCAAGGUGCUAUAAUAUGCAAUCCCUGAAAAAAUCAUAUCCAAUAAGAAAAAUAUGGAGUUUUGAGAGAAGACUGUGAAUUUCGUUUUCAGAUUCAUGUACUUUCUCUGAGAAUCCGAAUAUCAUACUUAAUUAUUUGAGUGCAUUAUAAUUUUAUUAUUUCAUAGGCUAUGUUGCAAUAUAAAAACAUUUAUCCCAAGGGAUCAAUAUAAGAUCAAUUGAUUUUCUGAAAUUUCUUUACACAUUUUUAUAGAACAUGAAAUGACAAAAAUUCAUUCCAAUAUUGGCAAAGACAAUAAAACCUACUAAAAAGUUUGGUGGUCAGUUGUGCUGAUGUAAAAACCAAAUUGCAGCUACAUCUAGUGUAGCUACUAUGAUCAUAUAUGUUGCCACAAUUUUAUAACUGCAGCUAUUGUUGUUUUUGGGCACAUUGAACCAUAAGGUCGUGGUGCAAUGAAUCCUUAAAUCUAUUGUUGUUUUCUCGAUAAGAUUGAACCAUUUGAAAUUUCAUACUUGAUAUGAUAUAGUUAGAGAAAGUCAUUAGUUUGUUAUGUACAUAAAGUUUAGUCAAUUGUUAAAUUAAUUAUUUCCAAAUUCUUUAUUUCAACAUCCCUUGGGCCGAAUGUUAUAUUGAUUACAAUAAUUGAAUGUAAUUUAAUAAAUUAGUGAUUUUUGGAAAUUGCCAUGUGAUUUGUAUAGCAAAUGCCUAAUAUCUUGAAAAAAGGUGGCUGCAAAUAAAGUUUUAUGGAAAAUU